CCACACUCUCCGUGACCGGACUCAUGGGAGGAACGUUUCUGGGGGUCGUGUUGUACUCGUAUUACAUGGUGUUUUACUACGGAUACAGGGACCUCCGGGUCUUCACCAACGUCAUGUUAAGGCUAGUUUAUCAGUCGUCAUUACCGCGUACAGUACGGGGUAAUGUCAUUUGGCCCACCUCGGAGUACUUCUGUACAUUAUCAAUAAGAUAUCUGUAUAAGUACUAGAAUGACGCACGUAGGUUUGCGAACUGGAUAAAACUGGGAUCAACCUUCCGGCGGUCUUGGCAUACCAAAAAGAAAAGUUCUAGCUGGAGCGUGCCCCCCUGAAGUCUGAAAAUGCAGGCAGUGCUCUGCUCCGUGGCUGCCCCCUUGAACUUGAUCUACAGGGGGGACCUUCAAGGGGAACAUAAAGAGCAAGUCACUCAUACUCAACCACUGAUAGAUAGUGAAAGACAAUUGCCCUUUCUGAUAGAACAAGUGAAAGACAACGACUCAUCAACCACUUCUGAUACAUAUGAAAACAAGACAACUACUUAUUACUGAAUCAGAAGAGACUGAAACUGGUACUAAAUGGUGAAGCGGGUGGUUGAUGAGUCCUGCCUGAUUGGCCUCGAGCAAACGUCAGGGUGGAGGAGCAAUGAAUGAAUAGAGGCCUACUAGCUCUAACAAUAGGAAGCCAGCCUGUGGAGCAAUUUGUUGACGCUGGAAUGCUGGGUUUCGCUUUUUCCACGUCCGUAGACACAUCGAGGGCGGUCGGGUACUAUUCCAUGUUUGAAGUUGAACCGCUUCUGAUGACAUGGCUGAAGAUCAUUACGUCCUUGGUACAAGUACAACUUUAUAGACAGAUAGUACAACAAGAACAACAUUAAUAGCAAAGUCAAAGAGCAAGCUCAUUACGUCCUCGGGAGAAGUUCUUCAUCAGCAGCUACUGAGGGCGAGGUCUUAGUUGGUCUUCUAUUCCUCCAGAUACAAAUCCUUUGAAGAAGGAGGACGCAUGUACUGUGUAGCCCCGAUAGUCGACAAGCAGCAGGGCUUGUCAAGUCCAGUCAAGUUUUGGGCCGUAGGUGAGAAUUGUUGUCAGCCGAGAGGAAAAUUCGAAUGCGGCGACGCACAAAAUCCGAAGGCGCAUACGGGUGUCGUGGUACUAAGACACCUCUUCUUUGCUAAGGAGGACCUAGCUCUAGACGUAGUGACUAUAACAUUCUUACAUAAGGAGUAUAGUAAUAGUACCACUACGGAGUAAUUCUAGUAAUUGCAAUACUAAUACUAUUAUGCACUAUCAUCGUCUGUAAUCUGCUGAUGCUGCAGCUGUUGUAGUACUUAAACAGCAAAGUAGAGCAGUCUGCAUGAUCCCUCUUAUUAACGGGAACUUUCAAUUUUAUUUUCACAAAACGCUCUGACUCUGCCUUACGUCGUCUCUGUCUUAGAUGUUAUCAGGCUGAGGCGGGAGCCCCGCGAGUUCUAAUUCUAAAUCAUCAGCAUAACCAGUUCUCUAGCAGGAUGUCCUCCUACAGUCCAAAAAGAUGUAAGGAUAACAUCAAAAUCAGAAAUCGCGGACCAGGACCAUGACCACCGAUGGAUGACUAUUCCCGCGACUGACCCCAUUGCGUUGAAAUUAAGUAUGAGUUUUUUCAAUGUUUGAAAUGAUUAUGAGUUUCUUCAAACGGCGGAUCUCCACCAAACUACCUCUACCAUUUCCAUUCAGUUGCUCCGACCCGAUAUGUUUGCGCCAGCUACUGCGACCUGGAUAGUGAACGAAAGGGAAGGCCUUCUGAGGCAAUACGAAAGGGCUGUUGACCUUGCGCAAAACGUGUUCGGAAUCCCAGAAUUUGAACCAAUUAUGACAGGUCGUUCUACUUGUUCAGGUUUUAUUUUUGUAAAUUGAAUUCAAUUUGAGUUUGUAUUUGAAUUUUAUCCACACGCAGAAAAUAGGGGGAAAACCCAGAUCCAUUUCUUCCCGCGUGCGGCAAGCCCGUGGGGAGCCUCUUGAUUGAUUGAUUGAUUGAUUGAUUGAGUGAUUGAUUGAUAUCCUAUUUCGCCUUUGAUUUUCUUUUUUGACUAAUUACCUCUCUUUAUGCUUGUCUACUUUCGCUUCGUUCUUCCUCCUUCGUCUCAUGAUUACAACGCCAGAUGAUAUUAACGCCGUUAGCACAGUCUUCGCCUUAUUUACCUACAACCUAAAAAGAUUCGUCAGUCUCUUUACUCCUCCCCUUCAUUGGAACGCCACCCUUUGCCGCUAGCACAGUGACCACGACCACUGCUGCAGCCUCGACGACAGGGGCAUCGAGC